UUAGAGACCGUGCGCAGCUGAUGACAUGUCUGACAUUUACCUCUCCUGUCAACCUCAAAUUUUGUUUUUAUUUAUUAAUUUCUAGUUCUAGGCAUCCCACAAGCACCAACAAUGCAAUAAACCAAGUACCUUCUAUCCACAUUACGGCAACAACAAAAAAAUAACCUGACAAUACUCCAACUUUAUUAUAAUGUGCGAAAAUGGUGCUGAAUAUACUGACACAGUUGAUCCCAGAGUACACAUAGAAUUAGAGCGCUUAAACAAUGCAACCGACGACAUCAAUAAAUUGGAAGUCGAACUAGACGAAGCCAGAGGUUCCUUCCGCCAAUUAUUAUGUGAUAGCACGGCCCGCGUGGACGCCCUCCGCGUGAAAUUAGGAAUGUGUGUUGAACGGGCAAAACCCUACUAUGAAGCGAGAUUUUGUGCGAACGAGGCACUGAAGCAAACGCAAGUAGCGGCUAUGAAGUUUGAAAGGGCGAAUAGCGCCCACAGUGCUGCAAGGGAGAUGGUUUAUUUAGCCGAACAAGGGUUAGGGGGGCGCACUUUGGACCCUGCCUGGCAAGAAAUGUUAAACCAUGCAACCCAGAGAGUGAAUGACGCUGAACGAGAAAGAGGUAUUGCAGGGACAGAACAUAGAAUUGCUUGUAUGAAGCAUGAAGCAGCUAACGCUAAAGUACAAAGUUUACAAAAGGAACUAAAAAGGGCAAUUGCUAAGAGCAGUUUAUCCAUUCGAAGAUCCCUCAUGACUUUCAGUAACCUUUUAUCACAGCACGAAUUAAUGCUAUUGCCUUACUAUGAAAUGAAAGCUCAUUUUAACCACCUCUUGGAGCAACAGAAGUCAAAGGUCCAACAUUACGAGUCACAAGUGGCAACCGCGAAGUUAACGUAUGCCGAGGCACUAAGAAACUUAGAACAAAUAUCAGAUGAAAUUCAUCAAACUCGAAGAAAAGCUUCUUUGCUGCCCCCUCCUAACAAGCAGAGGAGCCAAGACUCGAAUGAGUCUUUCCUAGAUGAUGCUCAAGAACUUGUAGAUGAAUAUAAGAGUCUUCCUCCAGUCUUGGGGGCCUCUUCUAGUCCAAUUAUGUCGCGAAUGGAAGAAGUGGAAGGGUACAGAAAUGUGCGACUAAAUGGGUCCCCGUCUCCUAUUGAAAAUCCGAGCGUUGCCCAAAGCCAUUCCAGCGAGUGGACGGAAAUUAAUUUGGAUUCUUCCAGUCCUGAAGACGACGUACCGUACAGGAAACUGGAAGGAGAGGAUGGAGAUAAGCCCAAAUUAAUUAAGCAGAAAACUUUGCCUAAUACAAAGAGUGACAAUGAAUUCAGUUCAAUUAAGAAUAAGAUGAAACUUGACACCAAUAUUUCCAACUGGAUUUCGCGGUCUUCGGCGAAAAAUGAAGAAAACUCAUUAGGCUCAAGUAAGGGUCGGCGACAAAGUCUAGAUAACCUUUUGGGUCCAACCGGCGAAAAAGUGAAAGAAAUCUUUUCACAUGGCAUGAUGAUGUUAAACAUCAGUUCUCUGACCGAGCGAAGAAACAGUGAACCAAAACCAGGCUUAACUGAAGAUAAAACGAAAACUAGUGCCAAGAAAAUCCCAAGUCCUUUGGAAAAAACCAUAACAUAUCUCACGGCGGAAGAGGACAAUUCAGACACUGAAAGUCUUUCCAGUGUGGAUAUGCUAAACGAAGACCAAAUAAGCUCACUAAUGUUAGAUAAGGAAAUGGGCUUGGUAUGUGAACAAGUUUUAGGAACUCCAAUAUCCGAAGUUGUUUCAUUGCCGCAAUGCGCUUCUUCUAGUCAUCCAAGCAAAUAGAAUAAGUACAACCUCUUCUGAAAAAUGAGUUUUAUUUUAAAAUGAGCUAAGUAUGUAGACAUAUCAAUGGAAGUUUAAUCUAGUCAUUAUUGGUUGCAUUUUCGAUAAGCCGCACAUGGACUGUAAAAUGCAAUAAGUCAUACCUGCCUAUAGCUGCUACUAUACAAUAAACUGACGCUUUUAUCUGUGGUAGAACUAGUCGAGUUUAAAGCAAUAUUACAGAAGUUUAAGGUUGUUAUCAAACGUUUUAACUGAUAAUAAAUCAUCAAGGUGAAAA